AGACCACCUCCCUCUCCCUCUCCUCCACCGGCGGCCACCGCCGCGCCGCGCAGAAUGGCAGCGCCGGCUGCCGUAUCCAGCUUCCCCUCUUCUUCCUCCGCAGCGCAUAGGCCCCAGCGCCGCCUCCCCGCCGCGGGGCGCGGCACGCGGACGCUGCUCCCGCCGGCCCGGACCGUCGCCUCGUCGCGCGCCCCGCUUGUCGUGUCCAGCCCGCCGCCAACGCCCGCGCCCGCGACAGGGCAGCCCAAGGUCGACCGGUCCGGCCGGUUCUGCAGCCCGCGCGCCGCCCGAGAGCUCGCGCUGAUGGUUUCCUACGCGGCGUGCCUGGAGGGCGCCGACGUGGUGCGGCACUUCGACCGCAGGGUCGCCGCGAGGAGAGAGGACGGUUAUGUUUUCAACAAGGCGAGCUUGCAGAGCUACAAUUUCAUGAGCUUCUGUGGGGGGCCUCUGGAGGUUGCGACGGAAGAGGAGGCCCAGAAGCUCAUGAGCCAGAAUGAGAAGGAUUCAGCAAACGAAGCAGAAGUUCUUUCAGCUCCUCCGAGGCUGGUGUACAACAAUUUUGUGUUACGAUUGGCCCGGGAUAUGUUGGUGGCAGUUGCCAGUGGAUGGGAUCAGCAUGUUGAAGUCAUCAACAAAAUAAUUCCCCAGCACUGGAAGGAUGAACCUGUUGCAAGGAUCAUUGAACUCUGCAUUCUUCAUAUUGCUAUGGCAGAGAUGACAUCGAGAGGAACACCUCACAAAGUUGCCAUUAAUGAGGCGGUAGAUCUGGCAAAACGGUUCUGUGAUGGAGGUGCUCCUCGGAUAAUCAAUGGAUGCCUUAGAACAUAUGUAAAGGAUCACAUCAACAGUGGCCCUAGUCAGCCAGCUGAAUCAAAAGCAUGAAGUUUCUGUAAGUACGUAUUACGAAGGCAGUUGAAAUUGUUCCUGGUAUGGAGAAAAAAGAAAGGGGGCGAUAUAACAGAAGCAUGGAGAAAAGUUGCUCUGUUUGACCAACCUCCUUCAGUUGCUUUAAGAUUGAAUGGUGGACCUGAAAUGAGGCAAAGAAGCUGGGUUCAUGGAAAGCUAGAAAUAUAGUUAAAGGUUAAACGGGUGACUACACUAGAUGCACCGAGCUAGAUGCUGAUGAUGCACUCUCCUGCAUGUUCUUCAAAAAGAUGCUGAUGAUGCACCCUCGCCUGGAGCAACUCAGAGUACUUUUUCUAACAGCUUUUGCACUUGCUGAGCCCUGUGGUUCACCAGAUGACAAGUUUUGCAAACUCAGUGUAAAUGUAAGAUUGUAAGGUUACGCUUGUAUCUGCCAAAUUCGCAACACCUGGACGGUCCUGUUAAAUAGUUAGAAAUUGGGUAUUUCAAGAGGAUAUUUUUUAAGAUACUGUAAUCAUAUAGUUUUGAUAUGAUAGUUUAUAACUCUAUUUGCAUCUGAGGUCUACCAUAUUAUGAAACCCCAUUUGGUUA